ACACACACACACACACACACACACACACACACACACACACACACACAUGCACUUCCACUUUGUUUCUCAUGUGCAUGUGUCAGUGUUUUUGCUAACAGAUCAUUACCCCGGGUUGCUUUCACUGGGCUUUUUGUUCUCUUUGCAUGUCUGUAAGUCGUGUUUACUGCAGUGCUUGAUUGGAGCUUAGUUUGCAAUUGCAGUAUUAUGAACACGCUAAUCUAGUCGGCCUCGGUGCUGUUUGCUUAUUUAUUAUUUCACCUGGUAGCUUAACUUCUUACUAGUUUGCUUUAUUAUCAUUAGUGUCAUGUUUGGAUUCGGAAAUGUAUUUGAGUUUCCGGCAUGUUGCAGGAAGCCAGCACGAUAACAUGCCCGGACUGGUCUCACCCCACCUCAUAUCAGGCGUCCGAGCAUUGUGGUGUAUUAUUUAUGCAUGUCCAGCUGCUCCUAAAUCAUGGGGCCAGGUGACAUAUUGUUUAUGAGUGUGAACUUGGAUGACCUCAGUGACCCAGUGAGAAUGUAGCAGUGUUGAGCAGCUUGUGUGCUGCAGAGGAGUGCAGAUUAGAUCAACACACUGAUUUAUAUCAUGAUGAUGAUGAUGAUGAUGAUGGUGAUGGUGAUAUUUCCCACAUGUAGCACGGUGAUGUGUCGAGAGCUGUAGGAGUCUUUUGCAUUCAUCAGUCCCUGGUGUCAUGUCAUGCCAGUUCAACUUUCACUUUUAACAUGUGUUCACACCCCUUGAAAUGCAUUCAACACGGUGCACAUGAUCAUAUCGUGGUCAUGUCUUUAUCUGUUUGUUCUUCUGCAGGACAGCCUGGAAGCUUCGUGGUGCGGUUUGCAAUUUGUGAUUCGCCUGUAAUAAUUAUAUGAGCCCAGAUCAUUAUUCAAACAACUGUAAUUCAGAGUGUUGUCUUUUUAAAAAAUGUUGUUUUUUUUUUUUUUUAAAUUUACUGUUCUGUUUACGCUUUACCGGCUGAGCAGGUAGCUCCAUCCCAGCCUUUUCCCCCCCUAAAAGGCUCACAAGGAAUAUGAAACAGUAAGAAGAGAGGCACUGGAGUCGGUUCGAGAGAACGAGGUGAAGCUGUCAGGGGUUUCACUGCAAUUCACGUUCACCUUGUAGGUGUCUUGGAUGAGUGUGUCUGAUUUUCGCCUCAUGAAUGCCUUAUUCAGAUUAUUAGCAAUGCAGAUGGGUCAGAAACUCUUGACAGAUAACUAUCUUUGACCAGCACUUCAUAAAUUGUUUCCACCUGCUUUAGUGCUUUAUCUCCUGCAAAAGCACCAUGUGUGGGAGAGAGAAGAUUGAUGGAGAGGCAGACUCUUUGUCAGGGUGGGAUGUACUAUCUCACUGAAGAGAGGGGAUGUAUUUUCAUAAGUGAUACCUGUGAGAGGUAUAAUGUCUCUUCUGUGUGCAGCAUAGUCAGUAAGGGGUUCUGUUGAGAAUCAGGUUGUGUGUGCACGUGUUUCUUUCUAUGAGUGUCGGGGACCAUGUUUUCACGGAGUAUAUGGACUAAUGGAAUGGAAGCGAGAGAAGGAUGUCCCUUUUGGUGUAACCUCAUCGUGUGCCUGUGUUAAUGAGCUUCAGGGAUCAGUGUGUUAAACACCCCCCUCGGCAAACCAACAGAUGGACCAAGCUUAAUGUAGAGGCAUUUAUAAGAGAAUAAACUGAAAGAAUGAGAAGCCGCUCGUUCCUCGUUGUGCGAAUGUAAGCAGUUCUUCGCAGGGAUCUUUGUUUUAGCGUUAGGUAGCGCAAAUGUUCACCAUUUCCAUUUGAAUGGUGUAGGGUUAAUAUAUAUAUUUUUUUAAAUCCAACAUUUUAUUCCUGCUUUUAGGAUAAGUAAAAAAAAAAAAAAUGCCAUUAACUGAGCACAUGUCUGCUAUUGAUACUAUUGAGGCAUUCUCUGUCCAAGUCAUAUGUCAGUCCUUGCAGGAUUUUGCGAUUUUGCACGGAUCAAUUCGUGCAAAAUCAAGCAAACUCCGCAAUUUUCGGAGGAGCGUGCAAUUUUUUCGAAAUUACCUCGGGUUUUCCGCAGAUUUGGGCCAAGACGCGUCACGUGACGCUCAUUCACCCUUUGAUUCACAUGCACACACGAGUACAGCUAAAAGGUCUCACUUACCAACAAACAUCGCCGUGAAAGACCUUGCAAAACCAUUUUGUGCGAUUGCAAUUUCGCAAAUUCAAUUAGUUUCCCGCGAGAAAAAGCAUAAAAAAAAAAAUUCUGCGCUUCGCACUUAAAGAAAAAAAAAAGGGAAAAAAGAAGCAGCCUUUUUUUUGGCCGCAACAAUCACAAUCAAACUCCGUGAAAUCCUGUACGGACCACGAGAUGCUGUAAUAAAGUUCCUCAGUAUGAGUCGAGAUGGAUGGAGAAAGAAAGCCAGUGAAGGUGAUGGUUGGGGAGGAAGGGGGGGCUACAUGGCUGCUAAGGUCACUAAGCUGGAGGAGCAGUUUAUUCGGGAUGCUCCCAGGGAGAAGGAAAAACAGGGGACCUCAUCCAGCAUCUUCAGUGGUGUGGCUAUCUAUGUUAAUGGAUACACAGAGCCCAGUGCGGAUGAAUUGCGCAGACUAAUGAUGCUACAUGGAGGACAGUUUCACGUGUAUUACUCGCAUAGCAAAACUACGCACAUCAUCGCCACCAACCUGCCUAAUUUCAAAAUAAAGGAACUGAGAGGGGAGAAAGUAGUACGACCAGAAUGGAUCACUGACAGCAUAAAGGCAGGACGGCAGCUCUCAUAUUUGCAAUAUCAGCUAUAUGCAAAGCAGAAGGGGUUAAACUUUACCAGUGUGCGACCUCGGCAAGUGCAGGAGCAAGCUGGGUCCGGUCAAGGGCCAUCCCAGUUCAACCUGAACCUACCACAACCAAGCAACCUCCAUAAUUUCUCAAACCCAGCUCUCACGGUUACUCAAUCAGUGCAAUCCAAAUCUACAGAGAAAACCAAUCAGCAGAUGGUAAACAGACUGAAUGGCUCACAUCUAAGUUUCUCUAAGGAGGAAGGUCCCAAACUUAAUGGAGUACAUGAUGGAUACAGUUCUGCGGUUACUUUUCUUAAAGGCUCAAAGGACCAUCCGCAAAAAAAUGGUUAUGUUCAUCCUCUGAAUGGUGCCUUAAAACAAAACAAUGUUUCUUGUUUAAAAUCUACACACCAAGGAGCGGAGUUCAGGUACCCUCAACCAAAAGCUGAAGAAAUGGGGACGUCUAGCUGCCCUUCUUCUGGUGGUCUUGCGUCGGACUUGACGGCAUCCGUAGCCAGCACCUCACUAGCACUCAGCCCAUCAAGGCCCACUCGUCAUGAGCGAAUCUCUGAUUCUUCCACGCUUUCAGAGCCGCCCUCAGCAACGGUCACAGCUAUUCAGGAAAAGCAAGCAGAUUCCGAACGGUCGCUUGGCCAGGAUCAGAUUAGCCGAGUCAGACUGAACGGGAGUCACCAUAUCGCGUCUGAUGUCACCCUAACAGCCAAGCAGUCAGCACAGGGCUCAGAGACCGGGAUUAUCUCCGAGUUCUUCUCUCACUCACGGCUACAUCAUAUAUCUACGUGGCGGAAUGAGUUCUCCGAGUAUGUCAAUACCCUUCAGAGCAGGCGGCGGGCUGCCGGGGGGACCGUGUUCUCUGGAAAAGAUAAGCUGAAGAAGAUUAGAACUGACCACUGUGCAGGUACCUCAUUUAUGCCUGCUCCUCAGGUAUGUCAGUCCUGUAUUCUGCAUGUGGACAUGGACUGCUUCUUUGCGUCGGUGGGGAUUAGACAUCGCCCUGAACUUCAAGGGAAACCCGUGGCUGUGACGAGUAACCGUGGGCGUGGCCUUGUUGCUCAGCGUCCUGGUGCCAACCCCCAGCUGGAGUUCCAGUACUAUCAGAGGAAGCGGAACCAGCACAGAGCAGGAAGAACGGGUGAUGACAUUGAGCUUACCCCUUCUCCAGAGACUGAGGAGACUGGUAAUAAUAGAGUGGAGCAUGACCAGGCUGCUCUCUCUAUGGCAGAGAUUGCUUCCUGUAGCUAUGAGGCCAGACGGGCGGGUGUGAGAAACGGCAUGUUUUUCGGUCAGGCGAAGCAGCUGUGUCCUGAGCUGCAGUCAGUUCCCUAUGAUUUCCAUGCAUACAAAGAGGUGGCACUGGCAAUGUAUGAAACUCUGGCCAGUUAUACGUAUAACAUCGAGGCUCUGAGUUGUGAUGAGGCCUUACUGGAUGCCACAUCCCUCCUGGCAGAGCUGGGGGUCACCCCUGAUGAGCUGGCCACUGCCAUCCGUGCUGACGUGAGGGAGAAGACCGGCUGUUGUGCCUCCGUCGGCAUGAGCUCCAACAUCCUCUUGGCUAGGAUGGCAACCCGGAAAGCAAAACCAAAUGGCCAGUAUUUUCUCAGACCGGAGGAGGUGGAUGACUUUAUCAGAGACCAGCCUGUCACUAGCCUGCCUGGGGUGGGACGCUCUAUAAGCAGUAAGCUAGCCUCUCUUGGUGUGACUACUUGUGGGGACCUGCAGCAGUUGUCCAUAGUGCGCCUGCAAAAGGAGUUUGGCCCACGGACAGGACAAACUCUCUUCCGCUUCUGCAGAGGGCUGGAUGACCGGCCUGUGCGCAGUGAGAAGGAAAGGAAGUCCGUGUCUGCCGAGAUGAACUACAACAUCCGCUUUAUAAACGUAGAGGAGGCAGAAACGUUUCUGACUAACCUGUCUAUGGAGGUACAGAAAAGAUUGCAGGGGGCAGGACUUCGAGGUCGCCGAAUUAACCUGAAAAUUAUGAUGCGCAAAGCAGGCGCUCCUGUGGAGCCUGCCAAGUAUGGAGGCCAUGGCAUCUGUGACAACCUGGCAAGGUCUGUGUUACUACCUCAUCCCACAGACUGCGGGCAGCUCAUAGCAGCUGAGGUCAUUAAGCUCUUCCGUGCCAUGAAGCUUGCUGUUACAGACAUGAGAGGAGUGGGACUGCAGGUGCAUCUGCUGGAGAGCUCACACUCGGACGCUGGCCCGUCUCGCUCUCGCACCAUCAGAGAAUUGUUCAAGCAUAGCAAAGAUGUUCAAAAAGCAGAUUUGUCUAGAAUGUCUUCCAAUCAAAAGGAGAUUUGCUCUCCUGCCACAACCGCCUGUACUUUUUCCGAUUCGAUGCCUGGUACAAGUAAGGGAGGACCUUCUGCCACACACUCACCCAGCCACUCUCGAGCGGACCUCAACCUCAGCAUAGAAGUGCCAUCUCCUUCUCAGGUGGAUCAUUCUGUGCUGGAUGCUUUACCUCCAGAGUUGCGUGAACAGGUAGAGCAAGCAUGGAACCACAAGCAGGUACCAGAUACCUCAUUUCACGCAGCCACACCCCAGCAAAACUUUAGUGUAGCACCCUCUGUGCUGCUCCACCUCCCUGACCAGCCUGGGCAAACGGGCAGCACAGGCAUCAUACUGGAACUUCCCGACUUCUCGCAGGUCGAUCCAGACGUUUUUGCAGCACUGCCCAGGGAAUUACAGGAGGAGCUACGCUCAGCUUACAGACGCAGAGAAAAUACUCAGGCUCAAGUAGUGGAGCAGAGGAACCCGCUCCUCCAACUGAAGCAGACUGUAGUUGGCAGGACAAAGCGGCGCUACAAGAGGAAAAAUGCCAGUCCCGCCAAGAAAGGAGCUAGUCCGUUAAAGAGACUCAUCCCAGGAAACAGUCCUGCAAAAUCCAGUCCCUCCAAAACUAUCCCACUCUUACUAAAAGACAAAGAAGCCCUCUCUGGCUUCAAGAUUGAAAAUGAACCGCCUUCGUCCUCUCUGAGCCAUCGAGCACCCGACGCGCUAUCCAGAUGCACUCCUCGCCCUGUCCCCACCCUAGCUGGGGCUUUUGAACUUGUCGAUGUCAGAGCCCUGCUGCGGGAGUGGGUUACUACCAUUUCAGAGCCUAUGGAAGAGGACAUUCUGCAGGUGGUAAAGUAUUGCACAGAGCUAGUAGAGGACAAAGACCUGGAGAAACUUGACCUGGUCAUCAAAUACAUGAAGAGGUUGAUGCAACAGUCAGUGGAGUCUGUGUGGAGCAUGGCCUUCGAUUUUAUACUGGACAACGUGCAGGUGGUGGUGCAACAGACCUAUGGCAGUACCCUGAAAAUAACAUAAGCAUUUGUGAGGUAUGUUCCUGCUUCUGACACUGUGACAGCUCGAACCUGCCCUCUCGCCAGGAGAUUAUAGAAGCAAGAUUCAACACUGGCAGCUGCUUCUCUGUAUCUCCCUGUUGCUGUUGUACGACUGCACUCUUCUUUUGGAUCAGGCCUUUCUCUAAGGACACAAAGAAGGUGUGUCAUUGGGCUUAAAUAACGACUACAUUUUCAACAACAGAUUAUUUUUGUAGCAACAAGACAAGGAUUUUACAGCAGCAGCAGUUUGAGACGCAUGUCUGAGUGCAGAAUGACACCGUGUUUUAGGCUGGUCGUAAUACGAUCUUCAAAAACUAUCCUGAUGUCAACAUGCCACUUCAGAGGAACUAUCUGAAUGUUUUGCCCUGGCUGCUCUGCUCUAUUUCACAACGAGUGCUAUACUAACACCAGACAUAUAUGUGGCAAACAUGGUAGCAAAGUAAAGGGUGACUAAGGAUUUUUCCUCUAAAAAAGGUCAAGCCUAAGGUUUGACAAAAACAAAACAAAAAACUAGCAUUUUGUAACUCUCAAGUGCCAGAUUUUGUAACUGUAUCAUGUAGAUAAAUACAUGUAUGUAGAUGACAAUAUUUCUAAAUAUUCUUUUAUUUGUUUGUGUAUAUAAUGUUUACAACAUUUUGUCUUGUGUAAGAGAGAGAAAUGAAGAAUAAUAUAAUUGUAAUUAAUCAUUUGCCAAAGUCCUUUUCAGAUUUUCAGACCAUUUCAUCAUGUAUCUGUAUGAUAAGCCCAUAGACCAGCGUGGAGUUUUGGGUAGCCUAUAUAUAUAUAUUAAAAAAAAUAAAACAUCAGAAUAACACUUCGUAAUUAAGCAGAUUUGGAUGUGUGUUUUGAAAAGAAAAGAUGGGCGUUAGUAAUCUGCUCAUAGUGCACUUGUUGUAUUCUUUUUAUUCUGCCACGAGUAUACAUAAGGGAAGGCCUGGAAAUCUAUUUGGUCAGCAAAAUCUGUCUCAAAUGACUGACCUGUGCCUGAAGACCUGAAGCUGUGACAUCAUUUGUAUGUUUUUUUUAAAAAAAAUUUGUUAAUAAACUUGGAUAUCUGCUCUUA